CUCCGUUAUUCUUCCAAUCCAUGAUCUAUUCCAUCCUAGAUUCAGGCGGAGAUGCCGCGGAGAGAAUUUUGCCCCGGGAGAAUGCAGGAGAUUCUUGUUGCGGUAUGUGGAUAAUGGUUAAGAACACAUGAACUGUAUUCCUCACAAGUCACAACUCACAAGCAAGCACAUUCUUGCAAGUAUUGAUCCACUGGAAUCAGGAAGUCAGCAGUACACCAUAACCUCACAUGGGAGCCCGGUACUUGGAUAUGAAUAAAAAUGAUGUGGACAUGAUGGAUAUACCACAAAGCUCAUUCCCCCCUUGCUUGUGUGCUGGAAAGAGAUAGGUUGUUGUCCGCUAGCUUGGAACUUGGAAGAGGAUUAACUUCAGUACCUAACCAGCAAGUGAUACUGAUUGCAGUUCUUUGACUUCUCUACUCUGGGAUGCUACGGGCAGGCAGACAGGCAGUGAUUAGGAGUAAUAAGAAGCACCAUGGCACUUGUAGGCUUCGUGGAUUGGAGGGGAAACACCAUCAGGAAAGAGGUGCAUGGUGGAGUCAGAGCAGCAUGGUUCUUGUACGUUCUGACUGUGGUAACCAACGUGGUUAUUAUCCCAAACCUGCUGAAUCUUGUUACUUAUCUUCAUGGAUCAAUGCAUAUGGGCGUCUCAGCCUCUGCAACUACAACCACUAAUUUUUUUGGUGCCACAUCCGGGUUUGCAAUGAUAGCAGCUUUCCUCUCCGACUCCUACAUUACUCGCUCUAGAACUAUGCUCCUCUUUGGUCCAUUUAUGUUUCUGGGUUACGGAUUGCUCGCACUGCAAGCCUACCUUCCUUCACUGCGUCCACCAGCUUGCAACAUUGAAGCAGAGUUAAACAGCUGCGAAGUGGUCCAUGGAUGGAAUGCUACCUUAUUGUACACAGCCUUGUAUAUGACUGCAUUUGGUGAUGGUUUUAUCCGUGUUUGCUUGCCAUCCCUCGGAGCAGACCAAUUUGACCAUGAAGAUCCCUCUGAGUCCCGCCAACAGUCCAGCUUCUUUAACUGGUAUACCUUCGGAAUCUCUUUUGGAGGUUUUAUAGGGCUGAUUCUCAUAGUGUGGCUCGAGAACUACAAAGGGUGGGAUAUCGGACUUGGGGUGUGUGCCAUCCUAAUUCUGCUCGGAUUGCUCAUAGUUGCUGCCGGUUUCCCCUUCUACCGCAACCAAGUACCACAAGGAAGUCCUCUAACUCGAAUACUGCAGGUUCUUGUGGUUGCAUUCAGGAACAGGAAACUUGAACUUCCUGAAAAACUGGAGGAAGCGAAGGAAAGCUGCACUGGGACAAGGGCAUGUUCUGUUGAUGCACUCGCUCAAACAAAUAGUCUGAAAUUCCUCGACAAAGCUUGCAUCAACCGUGGCCAAAGUGGAGCCUGGUCAGUUUGCAAUCUGAGAAAGGUGGAGGAGACAAAGAUUAUCCUCCGUGUGCUUCCUCUCUUCAUCAGCUCCAUGAUCGGAUAUAUAUCGAACGUUAUCCUCUUCACAUUCACUGUGCAGCAAGGCACCAUGACGAACACAAGGCUGGGCAAGAUCCAUGUUUCCCCCGCGACACUCUUUAUCAUCCCCAUCAUAUUCCAGAUGCUAAUGCUUGCUAUCUAUGACCAGUUCCUUGUGCCAUUCUUGCGUAGACACACAGGCUAUGUCAGUGGUGUGACUCAUUUGCAACGCAUUGGUAUAGGCUUUGCCACCAUGCUACUUGCGUCAGUCAUUGCAGCAAUUGUUGAGAGGAAGAGAAAGGAAGCUGUGGUGCAGAUGUCCCUCUUCUGGCUUGCACCUCAAUUCUUCCUUCUUGGUGUGGCAGAUGUGACAUCAUUCACCGGGCUCCUUGAGUUCUUCAACAGCGAGGCACCACGCGGCAUGAAGUCUAUUGCCACAGCGUUGUUCUGGUGUGCUCUGGGGCUCGCGUCAUUGAUGGCCACAACGCUGGUGGAAAUUGUAAACAAGGCCACAAGGCAUGGGCACCAAGGAGGCUGGCUCGAGGGUACAAGCUUGAACAACAGCCGUCUUGACCUGUUCUACUGGGUUGUGGCUGUUGUCGGAUUGCUUGGCUUCUGCAACUACCUGUACUGGGCCAAGAAGUAUGUGUACCAGCACAAUCCACACAUCGUCGAGACAUCGGUUGAUCAGGAUUCGCCUUGAAAUAUUGCAUACCUGUUGUUUUUUACUACUUGAGUAAAAUAGGAACAUGUUUAAUUCACCAUGGCAUAGAUCGGUUAAGUUUGCAAAGCAUUGUACAAGCCUGUAACCUGUGUUCUGCUCUCAUGUGCUGUGCUGAUUGGUUGGGUUCA